UACGUUGUCACAUUGCAGAUAAACAUGCAAACGCAACUAUAGAAAACAAAAAUAUAUCAAACACAUCCAAGAUUGAAAGCAAAAUCAAAGAAUCCAACAGAACCGUAGUAAAAAGGAGUGCAGAUGGCGACAGUAUAUUUUGGAACGACAUGUAUGAUGAUGAAUAUGGUAACAAGGACCCGAUGGAAGAUGAUAUGAAGGAUAAAUCCGCCAUUAAAUUUGAUGAUCUUAUGGGCAAAGAUCACUGGAUAGGUUCGAAGUUCAAGAUGCUAGCUAAAAGUAUAAAAGAUAGAAGGAAUCGUAUCAAGGAAAGGAAGAAGUAUCGGAAUUUUAAAAAUGUAAGAAACAAAACUAAUACAAAUGUCAAGAGAUCAGUUCCAGUACCUAAAAAGAAGAACUCCGGCAAGCGUGUGUUUGAAGAACUAACGGCGAACAUGAAGAGAGUGUGUAAUGAAGCUGCCCAGGCCAUCCGUGAAACUACCAAUAGGGAAGUGCGAGCUGAUAAUAGCGAGCAGGCGUCUUCGCUGAUGCAGCAGGUAGUCGGUCUCAUGACGGAGCUGGUAGACCUACAGGUCCGAGAGAAGACCUGCAUUCAUUUACCGGAAGACCUACGCAGCUUCCUGGUUUGGUUAACAUCGCCGAGCAGUGAAGAAUACAACGAUGCGGGUUUCCCUGUCAAUAAUGACGAUCCCGUUCCAAUGUUGAAUCUGCGUAACUUGGAUGAUAAUUUGUCUUCCGACGCAAGGAGCGAGUGCUUGGGCACUAUACACGAUGUGGAAGACCUCAUAAUGCAAUAUGAUGAGAUGAGUGAGGAGGACAAGAGCAAAAUGAGCGGCGUAAGGGAGUAUCUAGAGCAUCAGUUACACUAUUUACACAUGCAGUUGUCCAACUUCAACGAAUAUGGGUCCACAGUUAUGUACCAAGAACAGAUCCGAAAGCGUCGGCAACCAAAACGAUUAAACAGACAACGAAAACGAAAUUCACACAAGUUCCUAAAAUACUACGGCAAGAAACAUACUAAAUACACCAUUUUUGAUGAAGUUACUGAUGAUUAUAGGAGUAUAAAAGGAAAGAAAAAAAGGAACGAAGAAAGGGAAGAAGCCAGAAAUGAAGGGAAUAGACUUUUUGAAAACAUUGAAACUAAAGAUGAUAAAGUAAAUGAAAACAGGAAUCUAGGAAGGAAUGUUGAGAGUGAUAUGAAGAGUUUCAAUGAUUAUUUAAGCUCUUUGGUCAAGGAUAAUGGUAGUUUCGUGAAAUAUAAUAAAGUGUAGGAUCGUGAAUCUAUUUAAGAAGUGACUGUGUUUACCAUUGAACAACAAAUAUUAUUUUAGCUAGUUGUUUUACGUAUUAAAUAUAAAUA